UCAACGAAAUCUAUCGUAAUUAUGGGUAUUUAGAAUCUGAAAUCGCUUCAUAAAUUAAUUUGAUUAGCAGUUAAAAUGAUUAUAAAUCAUUCUUAUUUUAACCAUUGUCAGUUGAAAUUGGGUUUCAGUCGAAUAUUUUACAAUGAUGGGAAUACUUAGAGCCUUAGGAUUAAUUUUUGUUGUUUUAACAAUGUUUAAUGGAAGUAUCAAUAGUAGUCAAGUGCAAAGCUUUGUUAAACUUAAAAAAAUUCACUGCAAAACUUCGAAUCCAGAACAUGUUUCUCUGGAGGAAUGUCAAAUAUUAGACAAGGUUAAUGAAAGUAGAGUACAGACGUUAUGUUACUUUAAGGAGAACCCGAUUAAUCAAGUGAAUUUGCGUAUGAAAUCUUAUGUGAAACGUUCCAUGGGAUACGUGCCUUUUGUCAUUGAUAUAACUGUGGAUUGGUGUGAAUUUCUCAUUAAUCGCAGCAAUGUGAUUCUGAAACGUUUAUUUGGUUUAGUUGAAAAAUACUCAAAUAUGCACACGAAAUGCCCGAUUAAAGAAGCUUAUAUUUAUCUUAACGCUUCAAUAGAUAAGGACAGGGGCUUUCAUCUGCCAUUCAAAUUUCCUGCCGGAGAAUAUCGCAUUGAUUUUAUAACUUCAUUUAAUGUAGUUAUUGACGUUGUAACCUAUCUUUACUUUGAAGUUGAGUAAAUUGAACAAAUUAUUUAAAGUAAUAUAUGCUGAAUUGAUAAUUACCGGAAUACCGAAAACCCAAUAUAUAUAUACAUAUGUAUGUACAAAGGAUAAUAUAUUCAAUAAACAACAACAACAAGAAACAGAAAGCAUUAAAAUCCGUUUCUAUCUUGGACAAUAAUAUUAUUGAAUGAAAUUUUUCAUCAAAUAUGAUACAAUUAUGCGUAUUUGAUUGGUGUUAAUUUUUAUGUGGUUUUUAAUAAUUAUUGAAUUCAAUAUACAUUUUUUAACUGGGUAAAAUAAAGUAAAAAUAAGAAAAAAUAAUUUCUUUAUACCAUGGAGAGUCACGUAACUUGGACAAAAAGUGCUGUGCCGUAGGUGUCCAGCUUGGACAGCUUUUACUGUACCUAAUCUAUUUGGCUUUAGACCUGGAAAAUCUACAUCUGACCAGAUAUUCACCAUGCGCCAAAUCUUGGAAAAGAUCAACACGCACCAUCUCUUUGUCGAUUUUAAAGCUGCCUUCGACAGCACGAAAAGGAGUUGCCUCAAUGCCGCUAUGUCUGAAUUUGGUAUCCCUGCAAAAUUAAUACGGCUUUGAGCUGCAGAGCUAAAUAGAGAAAGUACAAUUUUCUAUAAGAGGGUACAGCUGCUGGCGUACGCCGAUGAUAUCGAUAUCAUUGGAAACAACACCCGCGCAGUUAGUUCUGCUUUUUCCAGACUGGAUGAAGCGAAGCGUAUGGCAUAGACCAGCGAAUAAAGAGACAGCGGCUACUCUGGCUAGGUCAUGUUGUUCGAAUGGACGAAAGUGAUCCAGCUCUGAAAGUGUUCGAUGCAGUACCCGCUUGUGGAAGCCGAAGAGAAGGGAGGCCUCCACUCCGAUAGAAGGACCAGGUGGAGAAGGACCUGUCUUCACUUGGUAUUACCAAUUGGCGCCAAUCUGCCAAAGGAGAGAUGCUUUCGCGCUGUUGUGGACUCGGCUAUAACCGCGUAAACGGUGUCUACGCCAGUCAAGAAGAAGAAUAAUCUUUUUGGAUAUACAUAUGUAUUUUUAUUAACAAAAUACUCAAAUAAUGUACUGUACCCCUUAAAAUCAUUUUAUCAAAGAACGUAUAUUAAUACAUUAUAAUUAAUUAUUUUACGGUCUUUGCUGUAACCCUUAAAAUCAUUUUAUGUUCACCGCUGCAUAACAACAUUUUUUAAGUUGAGUGAAUAAUAUUGAUGCCAUGUAAUGCAAAUCUAGUAGUAUUUUUCGAGAGAGGUAGAGAGCGCCCUUAAGAGUAGGAGAAGAUGCUGGAAAAGUGUUAUACUCACGAACACAAGUUGGCUGCUAUAACAUAAUUUAAGGCGCGCUGUGUGAAAUCAGUAGUAAUAUUCCUUUUAACGGUUCUAAACACUUUUCUCAUAGUAAAAUUGUGAACUGAACAACAAAUAAUUGAAAUUGUGAAAGAUUUAAUGAUAUUAAAACAUAAACAACAAUAUCCAUCUUACUUGUUGUUUAAGAAAGUGAAAGUCGGUCAGUGUGACGUUUUGAGUUGCAAAAAAUUGGACACAACCGAAGAAUUAACAAUAAUGCUUCCAAGAGGAUUAACAAAUUAUUAUUAUUAAAUAUUACUGAGAUGAAUAUCGACCAAACAAUCAUUUACUGAUUUGAAACCACCGUAAAAACCAUCCAAUGCUGAAGGAAGUACUUGCCUUUUUGAAAAAUAAAGAUCUUGAAGAUUAUU